AGCGACUGGAAGAACUUCUGUCUUAAUGGCGAUGGGGCCCCCUUGGGCAAGGCCGCUGCCGUGCUAUGCAUUGGGAACGGCACGACCUCGUCCGCCCCUUCAUGGCCCCCCUCACCUCCGCCCGACCCGCCGAGCCCCUCACCCAGCCCUCCACCUCCACCUCCGCCGUCUCCUCCCAGCAUGCCGCCGCCAACCCAACUGACGCCAGAGACCCCCGCUUCCACCCUCUGCGUCACCAACUCCUCCCUGUCCGAGUGUGCCUCCUACGUCUACCCAGCUGCCAACGUCACUGCGGACCUCAACUCACUAUGCACACAGAUGCCGUACAUGCCCGGCUGCACCAUCAUGUUUGCAUGCCAGAACGGCACCGCGACCGGCGACUUCUGCCGUCCCUUCACCCUGCUGAGCAGCAUCUGCUACGACAUGCCGGGCAUGAGCGGCUGCAAGUCCUACCGCACCCUCUGCGCCAACACCUCGGUAGUGCCGCAGUGCAAGCUGUACCCAGCCAUCCCAGGGCUUCCCACAACCAAGCAGGCGAAGACCGCCGUUACCUCCAUCUGUGCCAACGUCUCGGCCCCCGAGUGCGUCAAAUGCAACGGGUUGUCGUGCCCCGACUACCUUCAACUACUGCUAGCCGUCUGCCCCGGCUCUCCUGCCGCCCCCGGAUGCGAGACCUACACCUCCUGGUGCAACGCCUCGGCUGCUUGGGCCGGCAGCGGCAACCUGGGGACCUACUGCCCAGCCCUCAUCUCGCCACCGCCCAGCCCGCCGGUGCCUAGGCCCCCGCCUGUGGUGGUCUUGGGCGCUGGCACGCCACCGCCUCCCGCUUCCGCUGCUGCGCUCUGCGUGCUGAACUCCUCGCUGCCUGAAUGCGUGUCGUACGUUUACCCGGAUUCCAAGAUUGCUGCGGAUCUCAAGUCCUUGUGUACGGAUAUGCCGUACAUGCCGGGCUGCACCAUCAUGUUCGCUUGCCAGAGUGGUGAAGUCACGGGCGAUUUCUGCCGAAACAUGACGCUACUG